UAGAAUUGUCACGUUGUUGGUUUCUGCUGCUAGGGGGCGAGCCUAAACCUGACAUGUCCAGAUAAGAACCUGCUUUUUUCGUCUUGGCUCCUGAAUACCCUAAGUUUGAUUUUGCAAAAUGUCGGUCGAAGGUGUUAAGUUUAAAAAACGGACGACUUCAAAGUCAACAGAUGGCUACGAAGUGGAGUUAAACGAGCCCGAAGUGGAGAUGAAGCCGCCGAUUUCGCAGACAGAUCCAUCUUCAAGUGAAGACGCUGUAAAACCAAUCGAGGGAGAUGGCGACAGAGGUGGAUGGGGCAAUAAAGUCGAGUUUAUUUUAGCUAUUAUUGGCUACGCAGUUGGUCUUGGAAAUGUUUGGAGAUUUCCUUAUUUGUGUCAAAAGAAUGGAGGAGGUGCUUUCCUCAUUCCGUACGCCAUUUCGCUUGUAUGCAUCGGGGUUCCUAUAUUCUUUCUGGAGCUGAGCAUAGGCCAGCGCCUCCGCAAGGGUCCUCUUGGUGUAUGGAAUUCGAUAUCUCCGUAUUUUAGUGGCCUGGGGCUGAGUGCUGUCGUAGUCUCCUUUCUUGUUGGUGUGUACUACAAUAUGUUGGUAGCUUGGUGUUUGUACUAUUUCUUCAUUUCAUUUGCAAAGACUCCGCCGUUCGCUGUAUGUCCUAAAGAGAAUGGAGUGGUUGUAGAAGAAUGCAGGAAAGCUGGAUCAACAUCCUAUUACUGGUACAGAACAACGUUAGAAACUACAUCAAGUAUUGAGGACGGGGGUGGGAUGAAUUGGAAGUUAGUUGGUUGUCUUGUUGGUGCAUGGGUUUUGCUGUUUGUGAUUGUAUUUCGUGGUGUCCAGUCUGUUGGGAAGGCCGUAUACUUCACUGCCUUGUUUCCCUAUGUCGUGCUCAUCAUCUUCUUCAUUCGUGGUGUCACCUUGGAAGGAGCAGGUGCCGGUGUGAAGCAUAUGUUCACUCCAGAUUUCAAUCAUUUAAAAAAUCCCGAAGUAUGGCUUGAAGCCUCUACACAGAUCUUUUACUCUCUUGGUCUGGCUUUUGGUGGUCUUAUUGCCAUGGCAAGUUACAACCCCAUCAAUAACAAUGUACUCCGCGAUGCUGUUAUGGUGUCAAGUAUAAACUGCGGAACGUCGAUAUUCGCUAGUAUUGUCAUCUUUUGCAUUCUCGGAUUCAAGGCCACCAAAAACUAUCAACUCUGCCUCUCCGGUUUAGCUGCCGUGACAGGAGGUAAUGGAACAAUGGCCAAUAUAACAGCAACAACGCUGUCAACGCUAACGACUGCGGUUACCGGGGCAACAACUGCGGUUACCGGGGCAACAACUGCAGCGCCCUUUACUUGUAGUCUUCAGAGUGAGCUCGAUAAUGUGGCGCAAGGGCCUGGCCUAACUUUUAUUGCCUUUACGGAGGCUAUUUCGUGGAUGGACGUCAAGCCACUGUGGAGUCUCAUGUUUUUCCUUAUGUUAAUGACACUCGGCAUGGGUAGCAUGAUUGGGACGUUCGAAUGUGUCCGAACAACUAUAGUUGAUUUGCAGAUUAUCCCACUUCGAAGUGAAAUCAUAACAGCCAUCUUGUGCUUCCUUUCUUGUGCAUUUGGGUUGCUGUUUUGCCAAAGAUCUGGUGAAUAUUGGCUGCAAAUGUUCGAUUCAUAUGCUGGCACCGUUGGAUUGCUCAUUAUUGGCUUUUUCGAAAUUGUUCUCGUCUGUUAUGUUUAUGGAUACGACAGGUUCGAGAAGGAUAUUCAUUACAUGCUCGGUGUUUACCCGAGCUUGUACUGGAAAAUCAUGUGGAAGUAUGUUGCUCCUUUCUUACUGGUUAGCAUCGUAAUUGCUAGUAUGUAUGGGCUGAUAUCGAAAACAAUUGGAUACGAAGCUUGGAGUGCUGUAGAGGCAAAAGUCAUUGUAAACAAACCGUACCCAGGCUGGGGUGAGGCGCUGUGUUUUAUUCUCAUUAGCGCCUCUGCAAUCUUCAUACCAAUUGUCGCUGUCUUGAAGAAAUACGACUUGUUUAAUAUCAGAGACAAAGGAAUGGAUGAACAUACAAUCCACAUGCAAAAAGCUGGCGUUGAGGAGGAGCUUCACGUGAACCCAAAAAAUAUUACGUCAUCUCUUUCAACGGUUCCACUGACAGAAUUUCAGUAGAUAGGGAAAAACAGAGCCUCGAGACAACUGACAAUAAGUACAAAAAUAGGCGAAGAAGAGAGAAAUUAUAGGUAAAAAUUAAUUGUGAUUUUCUAUUCCUAUAUGUACCUUUGUUUUGAUUAAUAAAGGGGAGAAAAAACUUCUAGGGUGCAGAAACAGGAAGUCGAGUGACGUCAGCAAGCGUGAGAUAAGCUGACUGAGCUCCGUGUGCUGCGCAGUUUUACUAUAUAAUAUAUAUAAACACAUAUUUAUAAAUCUUUUGAAAUAUGUUGUUUUGGAGUUACUUGUACCCAGAGAUAUAUCUAGCGUAUUCAAGUGAAGAUGAAAGGUCAAAGGUCAAAUAGGCACACUGUUAAAUUUUCAGUUGGGCUAAUUUCCAGUGUACUCCUCAAAUCUGCACUUUUUAUCUCCGAAGUUAAGUUUUUAAUUAAUUGUGCUGGCGAAUUAUCAGAUUUGGUGACCGUUCAGUCACUAGCUGAUGUUGGACGCCUGUUUUAUGGUACCUGACGAUUGUGCCAUUGUGUACCAACGAGUUUUUGCGAAAUAUCAACGCCCCUUCCUUUUCCAUCCCCUAUGUUAUAAAAAGCAAUAUAAGGAGGAUAGUCAAAUAUGUCUUAGAUGCCACUCUUUACUGAAUGAUAUCUUUGAGUGUACAACUAGACUUGAAACACAACUAGAUAAAAGAUUGUGAUUGUUAAGAGGUAGUUAACUCGAUUGUGUAGCAUUGCUAGUUUAAUGAUUUCUAAGGCUGCAGAGAUGCUGUUUUUAUGGCAUCAGUGCAAAACUAGAUUCCUUCAGUACUAUUUUUGAGACUUAUUUUCAAUGAGUUUAGGAGCUGUGUUGAUAGAGAUAAAAUUCCUGUUGAUGGUUUUAAGACUCCCAGUGAGUAGUAGAAUUAAGUGUUAAGUCAUGUACAAAGCUUUAUGUUACAGAACUAAAGUGAUUUUAUGGUUAUCCGGAGGGCAAAAUCCAUAGGUCAUCAGCAGGCCCAAUUCAUUGGUCAUCAGCGGGCCAAUGUACUUGGUUCUCAGGCAAUGAAAUUCUCCCAUAUAUGCUUGAAAAAAAUCAGGUGUUAGCAAAAGUCCAAAAGUAUUAUGAAGUCCACAAGAGGUCUACAUGCAUAGUUGACCCAAAUGUUAGAUUCCAUCAUAGGUAGCCCAAACGGUAUUGGCAGUAAAAAAACAUUAUUAUCCCCAUAACUCAAACCUCAUGGGAACGAUGAAAUUCGUUCAAGUUGACAUAGGGCUCAGGUUUUGGGAAUUAAAUUGUAUCCAGUUUUCACCGCAAUUUUUAGCCUGAUUUAAUGUAAGAUAAUUAUUCCAUAUUUUCCUCCGUAUGUUCUUAAUUGCCUAGAUUCCACUGUAGAAGCAUCAAAUUCAGUGGGUCUAAAAUAUGUUUUAAUUGUUAUUUCUCUCUGAAUCUUUAAGUUUUAGCAAGCUGAUGUCUGUUGUUUGACAUCUAAUUUUUCCCCUUUGACCUUUUAAAUCUCCCCUUUGACCUUUGAACUUUCUCAUUUGACCUUUUAAAUAUCCUCUUUGGCCUUUUCUUCUUGGUUCUGCCCUUUCGCUUCAUUGCCUUUCCCUAUCUGUAAUCCUUUUAGUAUAUCAAUUCUGUUAUAUAAUCAAGCUUAGUAUGAAACGAUCGUAAAUUUCUGUAAAUAAAUGAUGCAAAUACUGAACAAAGAGUUGUUGUAGAGUCGCAAGCUCGAAGUGUUCCUUUAUCUCUUUUGUUACAGCAAGGACAUUAUGAAAUUGCGAAUUGUUUGGUUUCAGUCUUCUGCGUUAUUGACAGACGCAGUGGCGGCUUAACCAUCACUAUCAGUCAACAAUUGGCCAGUCAGCGAGCAUGAUAUCAACUUUAGUUUCUGUCGAUUACCUUAAAGGUAAUGUUUCCAUAUAAAAGGACUGCGUAUACCCAACCUGUCAAGCUACCUAUCAAAAUAACAGUUUUGGUAGUAUUCUUGCGAUGCUAAACUGUUCGCAUGAAAAGCUAACCUCGCAGCAGGAUAAAUAAACAGAACGACCGUAAUGACUGGGGCGAUGACAACAAAAAUCACAUGUUUCUAAAAACCCCCGCAGAGUCGCUUGCUAUAGCUGGACACAUUACCUUUAAAGUCACAAAUAGGAAGGAAACCUAGAUCUAACAGCAGAGGAAACCUAGGCGAGCAGAAAAUGUCUCUGUUCGGUUUAACCAAGUCGAGCUCACUUUGAAAAUCGCCAGAUUUUUACUAGCCUCGGUUUCACGGUUGAUUCCGUCACACGACCAUGCAAUUCAGUUGGCUCAAAUUUCAUAAUGUUCUUAAAUUAAUUUUCUUUGUUAUUCGCGUCGAAACUUUUGCAAAGUUUUAGACUAUUUCAAUAAUACAAACUUGUUACUCGCAAUGUGUUUGUAAGCAGGUGAACUAUUUUAUUACUGAUUUUAGCGAUAAUUAGCGAUAUUGAUAAAACUAGCUUUCAUAUUGAUUUGCAAUAUUUUGCGGGAUGAUUUUUAACACUUAUAUACUGUUUCCUUAAGUAAAUCAGUCGUUUACGCGUAUGUUGUGAAACCUGUUAGCGAAGAAGACGUCAUAAAUUAUGUGCGCAUCAGUAAAGCUUUGAAGCGUCAUGGUGCCGUCAUAAUGAUGUCAUCGUGACGUCAUCAUGACGUCAUGGCCAUACCUGAUCAAAAAACUACCUAAACACCAUUUCUGAUGAUUUAAAUAUCCAAUCAGUUUUGCAACAAAGGAGAGUUUAUACAUAAGUGACAUUCGCAAUUCCCGUUUUCCCGACACACAUUUACUGACUCUUCUUCGACCGAUUUUUUAACGUUGAAUGAUCAAAUAGGUUCGAAACACUGAUUUUAAAAAGACUGGAUCGAGCCUAUAUUUUGACAAGAAUGUUGUCCUUUGAGAGAAGAGCCAAUCUGAGGAGAGAGCGUUUACUAUCACUCCCAGCAAUGUUUUCAGCUGAAUUAAUCCUUUGUCAAAAACCAAACUGGAUUAAUCCUUUGUCAACAUUGCCUCUCACCUACAUAUAUCAUUCAAGCAAUUUAGGCCCUUUUUCUUUUGAAAUCGAGGAGACAUCAAACUUUGGUGUUUGAAGACAAUAAGAAACUCGAUCCAGUCUUUUUUCGAUCGGUGGUUAGAAAUCAUUUUCUUCUAAUGUCUUUGGCUGCAGCUUUGCAAAUUUGCUGUUGUUGUUGUUAUUGUGUUGUUGUUGUUGAUAAUGUUGUUGUUGUUGUUUAUAAUUUUGUUGUUGUUGUUGUUGUUGUUGUUGCUAGGGAGCCAUCCAAAUCUCAAGUUUUGCUAGUAAAGAUCAGUCAUAAAUGUUGGCAUGAAAUGUUAUUAAGAAGUGCAAGGGGAUUUACUUCCGUAGGUUUUUGACAACCUUUCAGCGUUCUAGAGUUCAGUGCCCACC